AUGAUGAUCGAAGACUAUUAUACAAACAAAUCUAUUCUUAUUACUGGUUGUACCGGGUUUUUAGGCAAGGUUAUUCUCGAGAAGAUGCUAAGAAGUCUUCCCGUGGUUAAGCGCAUUUAUAUUGCAAUAAAUUCAAGAGGAGAAAAUAAUGCAGAAUAUGGAAGAUUUAAAAAGGAAAUAUAAGAUUCGCUAGUGUUUGAUAGACUAAGAACAGAACUUGGUGAAAAGGGGCUUAGGCAUAUUAUAAAGUAAAAGGCAAGAGACGAUUUGGGUGUCUCUCCUUAAGUUUAAGAAGAGCUCUUUAAAGAACUUAAUGUUAUCAUUAAUAGUGCAGGAAAUGUCGAAUUCGACACCAGAUUAGAUUAGGCACUUAAAGUAAAUGUCUCUGGACCCUUGAACUUAUUAAAACUAGCUGAAAACGCUACUUAGUUUGAAUGCUUCUGCUAAAUCUCUACAUGCUACACCUUGAUGGAUAAAGAUGGUCUGAUUGAAGAAAAGAUGAUGAAUUCACCAGUCAACUGGCAAGCAAUAUAUAAACAAGUUUAGUAGAUGCCACUCAACGAUAUCGAGCAUUACGGGAAAAUUAUAAUGGGAAACUUUCCUAAUACUUAUGUAUUCACUAAGAGAAUGGCUGAACAUCUAUUGGUCGAGAACAACACUAAAAAAUUACCAAUGAUGAUAAUCAGACCAUCAAUUAUAUCAGCUUCUUUGGAAGAACCAUUCCCUGGCUGGACAGAUUCUAUUGGUCUUAUCGGCGGCAUUUAUCUUUUAGCUGGUCUGGGCAUAUUGAGAGAAAUUCCAGGAAACUCUAAUAACAUUGGUGAUUAGGUACCAGUAGAUAUAGUAACAAACCAGAUUCUUGCAUGCAUCCCAGCCACAGUUUUCCAAGCAAGAACCUCUCCAGAGAAUUUGCUCAUUACUCAUUCUUGCACCAGCAGUGUGAAUCCAAUCAUUUGGUCUGAGAAUAUGGAGUACCUUAGAUUAUACUUUAAGCGUAGCCCUCUCAAGGAUAGAGUUUUCGAGCCUAGCGUUAACAUGAUUAAAAGCGAAAAACUAUUCAAUGCAUCAUUUUACCUGCGAAGAAAACUUCCAAUGGCUAUAGUACACAAGCUAACCAAUGUUUUCGGAACUAAAAUUUUCAAGGGUAAGAUGGAUUAACUCAAGGAUGCUAUCGACAAGUGCGAGGAGAUCGCCGUGCUGUUCAAGCCAUUUACAAAGAAUGAGUGGAUAUUUAGUAACCAGAGAGCCUACAAGAUUUUCAAGGGAAUGAACGACUCUGACAAGAAGAACUUCAACUUCGAUGUAACUAGAAUCAAGUGGAAAAUGUUCAUCAUGAAUCACGGCUAUGGUAUCAAGAGGUUUAUUCUUAAGGAAGAAGCUGAGCAGCCGUCAGUUGGCUACAGUGAUGUGGUUUCAUAUAUGGGCGUCAUGCAUGGAGAGAACUACCUGCCUUGGUUAAGCAGAGGUUAGCCUCUAAAGGUGAGAACCACCGAUGAAAUGAAGCAAAUGAUAUUGAAUAAUAACGAGGUUAAAGAGGUGAUUGCAUCAAUGGUCAGAGAAAGGUCUAAGAAGUUGGCUGAUCAUUUCCAGGUCAUGCCUGAGGAGGACAAGAUAUACAAAGAAAUCUAUAAGGAAGCCAAUAAUGUGAUCGAGAGAAUUAUGAGUACCUACAAUCACAACCUGCUCAUUCCAUUUGCUCAAGUCAUGAAGAAGACGUUCGUGAGCAUCUAUGAAAAAAUUGUUAUCAACGAAAUCACUCUUAACGCAGUCAAGAAAAUCUGUGAUUCUAGAAAAGGACCAGUUAUUUUCUGCCCAACACAUAGAUCUUACAUAGAUUUCCUAUUGCUGUCUCUAGUUUUGUACUACUACAAGAUGGAAGUACCCCAUAUCUGUGCGGGAGAGGACUUCUUGAACAUCAUCAUCGUGAAUCAGAUCCUGAGAUCAGCAGGAGCCUUCUUCAUGCGCAGAACUUUCAAGGGAGACGACCUUUACAAAGCAAUUUUCAAGGAGUAUGUUACUCUGCUUGCUGCUGACAGUUUAAAUAUGGAGUUCUUCAUUGAGGGCACGAGAUCUAGAACCAACAAAAUCCUGAGUCCUAAAUACGGAUUCAUCAGUAUUCUGACCGGAGCCUACUACAAGGAAAGAGUCAAGGACUUGACCUUCAUCCCAGUCACCAUCAACUACACCAGGACUCUAGAGGGAGAGACCUUCCCAUUCGAACUUACUGGAGAAGAGAAGGUUAAGGAGAGUCUUGGAAGAAUCUUGAAAGCAGUGCAAAUUUUCAGCAUGAAUCUGGGAACUAUUUACCUUGACUUCUGCGAUCCAAUUAACUUCUCUGACUUUAAUAAUCAGCAAGUAGCAUUGAACCCUAAACUCGAUCCUUUCAAGAAUGACAAGGACAAGAUAUCUAUCACCAAUGAUCUAGGCUUGAAAAUUAUUUAUGAAAUGUAAAGACAUGUAAGGAUGAUGCCAACCACUAUGGUUUCUUCUAUGCUCUUGAUGCACAGAAAAGGCAUUAAUGAAGAAGAUCUAGAUAAAAAAGUAAGAUGGCUUGGUCAAGAUCUUAUUUCAAGAGGAGUCAUGCUUUCAACUGAAGGCCUUCCAUCAUCAAAUACACUUAAGAUUGGAUUAUUCCAUUUGAAUGACUACCUUGCCAAGAAAAGAGACAUCUUUCAACCCUUAAUCCAGCAUAAAGUUGACUAUAAAAACAUACUUAUGUUAGGCUACUAUAGAAAUCCACUCAAUUACGUUUACUUUAACGAGGGAGUAGUCAUCGUCAGCUUGCUGUCAUUCGGUCUUGAGAGCGCUUGGUCAAUUGAGACUGGAGUUGACAUCAGUUAAAUUAGAGAAAGAGCCAUUUACCUCGCAGACCUUUUGAAGAGAGAAGAAGUCAUUGAGGAAAGAAUUAGCAAGUCAACUCCGCAAGUUUUUGACAAGGUCAUUCAGAGUAUGAUUGAAAGAAAGAUGCUCAUCAGAUCUGAAGUUAAUAGCUAGAAAUUAGCACUCAGGUCGAGUCAGGAAACUUUGAUUAUAUUUGCUGCGUCGCUUGUUUGGCAAAUGGUCGACUCUUACUAUGUCGCUAUUCUUUUCACUCUAUCCAUGAUUAAGAACAAAAAUAUUGAAGCUAGCACCAUUACUAAGAGAAUGCAAUGGCUGGCUGAGAGUCUAUUCGAGGAGAGAACUAUUCCUUACUAUGAAAGCUGUAACCAAGAAAGCUUUAAGAAUGCUGUGAACGCUCUUCUCGACAUGAAAAUCUUUGUGAAGGCUAGCGUCUUCCUCCAACUUAACAAGGUCUAUAGAAAAGAUGAGAAAAAGCUGCAAGAGGUAAUUGCCUAGAUUUCUCAAUUCAGAUAAAACACAAACAUCAAUCAAUUUUUGAAUUAGUUUGAACAAAGACAACUCGUUGAGAGUGGGCCUUCGAACAAUAAACAGCUAGCUAAUGGCAUCAGAAGAUCCGUGCUAGCUGAGUUCCCAUUCUUGGCCAAACUCUGA